AUGGAUGUCGUGAACGUAAGGAACGAUGAACUUGCACAGACUUUGAGAGCCAAUCAGAAUUGUUAUUGGUGGCAAGGUCCCAUUAUUGAGCUUAGCAUGGAACAUCUCGAACAGCUGAAGAUUGCCUAUAAGGAAGUAGACAAAACAGUUCAGAUUCAAGCACAAAAAGGAUUACCUUCAAAUGCUAAUACAUUUUGCAAUUUCAAAAUCUCAGAACCAAGUGAACCUAAUAAUGUCGUUUUAGUUAAGAAUGAAGCCCCAUUUACUGCUAAUCAGGGACCAUCUGGAUCUGGUGCUGCUAAUUUGGCUUUUCCUUUUGAUGAUCCUAAUGCACAGGGACCAUUUAGAUUUAGGGCAGCUUUUCCUUUUGGUGAUUCCAAAUACACUUGGUUGGUGGCCAUGAGAUCUUUUUGA